CUCGAUCUCAGCCUGGCGGGCAACGUCUGGCGCGUUCUAAUUAAACUGAAGUGCAGCACGAAAUGGACUACGAUCGCACUUUACCGGUUGAUGUAAAUCGCAGUUUGCUAAGUGGCGGUGUGGGCUUGUUAUCUGAUUUCUCAACUUCAAGUCUGAAUGACACGGCACUCACAACCAAUAGUGGCAUUGAACAAGGUUUGGUGAUGGGUUUCUCACCAGAGAAACAGACAAUGAAGGAGCUUGAGUAUCAAUAUCAGGAAUUAAAGAAAGAAAAUUUUGAAUUGAAACUGAGACUUUAUUAUCUGCAAGAGCAGCUCAAACGUCACACAGGCCAUGGGGGUGAUGUCAGUGAGCAAGAACUCAAAUUGAGUGUUCAGCUGCGGGUUCAAGUAGACAAACUUCAAGAAGAAAAGAAGGAAAUUCAAACAUUGUUGCUUCAUGCCAAAUCAGGGAUGGAUAGUCUGGCACAGAAGCAGACAGUAGAGAUUGAAGAAAUCAAACGAGCAGCAUCUGGUGAAAUAAUGAAAUUGAAAGCACAACUUCUAGAGCAAAGACAGCAAGCUCAGCAGGUGAGUUUGAUUGCUGAACAGGAGAAGAACGAAUUACAAGGACAGUUGGUUGCUCUCAAGGCAACAAACAGAGAACUGGAUCAAGCUCUAACCGUCAGAUCACAAGAAAUUCGUUCUCAACAGGCUCAUUAUCUGCAGCAAUUGGAUGAAAAGAGAGAGCAGGUGACAGUUUUGGAUUCCAAGUUGAAAGAACGUGUUACUCAUAUUGAGCAAUUGGAGGGAAAACUUGCCAGAAUUGGUUCUGUAACAGAUGAGUUUAAUCAGUCGAGAAUGAAAGUGCAAGAACUCGAGAGUGAAGAAAGAACUCUUCAAGAAGAGCUGAGACAAAGAGAGGCUCGUGUCAAUGAACUGGAAGGCAAACGGAAAAAGGACCGAGCAGACCAUCAGCGGGAAAUCAAUGAGCUAAAACAGUUGCAGAGAGCCACUAUGGAGAGGACGCAACAUCAUUACCAGGAUAUGCUGCAGAAACAGAACCAGAAGGUUAAUGAAAUGCAAAGCGAUAUGGAGAGAGCAACUGAUGAUAGGAAGGACAGAGACACUCAAAUGGCAAAACUGAAAGAUGACAUGAGAUUGAAAGAGUCAGAACUCCAGGUGUUGAGAUCACAACUAAACAGCUACGAUCACAAGCUUGCUGUUUUGGAGGCUGAACUGAGACAGAAAACAAGUGAGAUAGAAAGAGGUAGUGAAACAGCUGGAAGAAGUAAGAAGGCACUACAAGACUUGACUGACAGCAUCGAGAACAAAGACAGAGAGAUUCAAAGGCUGCAGAACAUUAUUCAUGCAAGAGAUAGGACGUUAUCUCAGUGCCAAGAGAUGAUGCGGCAGGUUGAAAUGCAAGCCAAGUUGGCAGACGAACAUGCACGGACCAUUGAACAGCAGAAAUUGAAAAUAGCACAACUGGAAGUUGAAUUACGAGCUCGAGAAGCACAGUCACAACAACUACAGCAGGAGUCACAUCUCAGGCAAUUUCAGAUAGAACAAGCUGCAGGUGGAAAAGAUAUUGAAAUCAAACAACUACAAACUGUUGUGGAACAAAGGGAACAGGAAGUGAAGAUGCUUCAAGACCAAAUACGACAUGCUGCUGACAUGGCAUCAAAAAAAGCAGCUCUGUCUGAGCAACACUUCAAGUCUAAUCUGCAAACUUGUACUGACGAAUUGACAUCUCGUAACAACACAAUUUCACUGCUGGAGCAGCAUCUCUCACAGCUGGAGAGUGAAUUAGAGCAAGUAAAAGGCGUCAACACUUUGCAAGCUCAAACUAUAAAGGAAAUGGAGGGCGAUGCUUGGAGACAGCAACAGGCAAUGAAAGAACUCCAGGACACUGUUGUGUUGAAAACAGUUGAAGUGACGAAUUCGGAGAAACAAUUAAUAGGGCUUGCAAGUGAGAAAGACAUUCAGAUGUCAGAAAUGAGUAAUUUAUUAGAAGGAAUGAGACAGCAAAGGCGUGAGAUGGAGAAACAUAUGCAGGAGAACAUGGCUCAAAUGAAAGAAAUGAACAAACGACAAGAGUCUGAGCUGUCUGCCAGAGAUCGAGAAAUUGCUUCUUUGAUGGAGACAAUAAGAGAGAAGGAUGAUGAUAUAGAGAAUCUCAGAUGCCAACAAGGAAACAAUCAGUCUCGUUAUGAUGCAGUGAGUCAGAGGCUUAGUUUGGAACAACAAGGAAAAGCUAAACUGACAGCACAAGUACAAAGUUUGACGAAGCAGGUGUCAAAGGGUCAGAAGGCGUUAGAAUCUCUUAAUGACCAUUUACGUGACAGCAUGCAGGUGAAUGAGGCGCUACAGAAACAACUGAGAGAUGCAGAGCAGUGCGUCAAGCAGAUGUCUUCAAACAACCAAUCUGCUCAAAGAGUAGCAAAUCUUCAACAACAACUUGAUCAAGCGAGUCAACACUUUGAGAGACAGCAGAGAAGACUAACUGCUGUUCAGCAAGAGAACAAAACACUGAAAUCUACAAUGAACUCAUCUGUAAGUUCAGAGGAACGAUCAAGACUCGUUGAUGAGAAUGAACGGUUGAUUUCCAAGCUUAAAGAGAGCAGGCAGUUGAAUGAAUCACUUCGCCAGAAUCUACGCCAACUGCAACAUCAGUCAACAGUAUCAUUGAAUUUGUCACAAGAGAAAGAGGAAAUUAAAAGAUUGGACUCAAAUCUACGAGAAUGCAAGCAGAUAAACGAUGAUUUACAACAUCGAAUUGAUGAGGUGACAGCUGCAGCUAAAGCUGCUGGAAUUCAUCCUGGUACUGGAUCACCAAUUAGAGGUGGUCGUCUGUCUUGUGAGAUGGAGAGCUGGAAAUCUAAACUGGCUGAAAAAGAACAUCAGGUGAGGCUGCUGCAAUCAAGACUGGAGACAGAGAUAAGCAAGGUUGCUUCAAUGAGCCUUCAAUCACAAGAAGUAGCAUCAUUACAUGAGAGCCUUGCUGAGAUGCAGAAACAAAAUAGUGAUUUGAAACAAAAGAUAGCUGAUUUGGACACAGAGUUGAGACGGUCAGAAGGAGGAAGAAGUAGUCUUGAGUCUUUAGUAAAGUCUCAUGCCAAGGAAGUAGUGGGGCUGAAAGGACAGCUGACUGACAAUCAUCGGCAAGUGAAACGUUUGAAGGCAGCCAUAGACAAACUGAAAAAGGAGAAUGAACUGUUGAAAGACCAGGGGGACAGGUGGGAUGCUGGAUCAGUGGAUGGAGGUGUGUUGGAUUCUGAAGCUGCCACUGUAAGACAACGAGCAGCUCUGCUUUGUUCACAACUUGAGGAAAGUGCACGACUCAAUGCCAGUUUGUGUGGUCAAUUGGAACUCCUUGAAAGAUCACUUGUAGUUGAAGAAGAUGCAUUUGGUUGUGGGCAGAUUAGCAUCCCUCAAAGUGAUGAUUCUUCGAGCAUUUCUAGAUCUAGUCGUCGGGCAUCUCAACCAGCAAUUGUAAUAACCGAUGUUGAUGAGAAAGCUAGUGAGAUUGUGCAUGCUAAAGAUCCAGCUCUUAUUGAUUAUAUAACAUCACCAUCUGGGCUGUCGGCCUCUGUGUCUUCUGAGCAAAUCAAAGACCUACAGCAGCAAAUGAUCGAGUCACAGCAAAGCAAUGAAAUGUUGAGAGAACAGCUGGGAACAAUGUUUCAAGAUGGUGUCACAGUGAGAAGUCUCAGCAAAAACGAUCAAUUUUUCAGAGGCAAAGAUAUACAAGAUUUUGAAACUUCAAGGAAAGCAACGAGCCACACAAAUGACUGGCAGAGUGAGCCACCUCAAUUCCAUAAAGAAUUGGCCACUUCUUAUCAUCAACGUUUUGAUGAUCUUUACCAUCGUCUCAAGGCAACCAACGACUUGAAAGAGCAAACAGCACGCUCGGUGUAUGACCAAAUACUGAAAACACAUCGAGUGCUUCAAGAAGCUCAAACGAAUAUGCAGAAACAAACAGACGAAGAUUGGAGUCAUGAUGACAAGUGAUGAUCAAUCAAUCAGUAGGUGACUGACUAAUCAUUACUCAUGCAUACAGAACGCAAACUGCAGUUGGACAUUCCGCUGUUUCUAUUCUAUUAAAGCAUCAGUUGAGUACAUUGCAACAUUGCAACGGCUCUCCACACACACACAGAGUAGCUACAACACACAUUACCAGCUGCACUAUGACGAACGACCUACAGAACGACGGUCUAGCCCGUCGCUGU